CCAAGUUCCUCUGCAGGAGACAAGCCCUGGUCUGGCUCGCACCUUCGAGCUGGACCCGCAACUGUGGGCCAUGCAGCGCGAAGCAGACGAGUUUAUUAAGGCUCCCCGAAUCGCAAUGAGAAUGACCCAUUUGGGGAGGCAUCCAGGCGGGGCUUUUCAAGGAGAAAAGGUUCCUAAGUAGGUGGAUGUACCUCAGGACGGAAAUGAGUACUGUGUUGAGCUUUAAGCUUAGACGGAGCAACCAACAGAAAAGAUCUUUUCGUGAAAACCUGAAAAGUAGUCUCAGCAAAGAAUUGGACGAUGAGGAGAAAGCCUCGAUGUUAUCCGGGCACGUCUCGCCGUCUUUGGAUAGCACUCUCGAAACCGCUCGUCUCCGCCAGUGGGCAAAGCUCGAGGGUGCGGGAGCGGUAGCUGACCGGGUGUCGUUUUUAAGGCAAUUUUGAUUCUUCUUUUUCUGCUCAGCACUGGAAUCAAGGAAGCGUUACCUUGAUCAUGGGUUUAUUAUGUUAGUCGACGUUGAGAACACGCAAGGAUUCGAGAAGGAGGAAGAUCAUCUAAAGAAGAUGUUGAGCGAGAAAGUUGGUUUCGUUAACGAGACCAACGAAAUAUGCCGAGGAACUCCAGCAGUAAAUGCAAGAUCGCAAUUGAUGCGCCUAGAUUGGGCUACUGCGCCUCUGCUGCGCCGGCUGAGCUCUUCCUCAGAUCUCACGUGGCAGCUGGUAGAGGCUUACUCUGGAUUUCAAGUUCGCCCGAAAGACCAGCACGCAGACGCAGUGCCUGUGCCGCGUCCUUCGGCGGAAGCGGCGGAAGUUAUCGAUAACGAAGAGAUCACAGGUGCAGCCGCCGAUGAUCCCAUCUACAGAGACCAAGCGGAGCAGGAGCACAAAGAAUGGACAUCAGGUGAAGUUGCUAAUGCCAUCGUCCUCUUGCCUGCCACAGGCGCGUUCUCUGAAGCCACAGACGAUCGCUCUGGGACGCGGGAAGCUACGCCACCUCUCGGGUAUCAGCCGGUCUUGAGCGUCAGUAGCAGUAUCGUGGAAAGCUUAGAGCCCGAGCCUCUACCCGUAUGGGCAAUGCGUUUCGAAGUCGAUGUAUUUGCAUGGGCGAGGAACUACGCUAGCACGUUGGCACCACCGCACAGAAGUCGCUUUCUCUUGUCGACUGGUCCUCUGGGCUCCCCGGUAACUGCGUCGACAAUACCACUGUUAAGAUCCUCCAGAGGCCGUAGUCAACAAGUAGCUCGCAUCACUGAUGACACAAGGGUCUUGGUAGGUUACCGUUCAAGAAAGUAAAUACAUUUACGUUCAUAAAGAUGAUACUUCUCAAGAUGAGAAGACCGUUUAAUUUUCCCACAUAAAUCCUCGAUCAGUCUCUCCAACCACGACAAGAUGGUGUCAAAAUAAUGAACAAACAGACUUCACCAUCUGUACUUUCACAAGAUUCAUUUACAAGAAUUCGAGAAGAUAAGAAUGAUCUACUAAUUCGAUAUCAAGAACAAAGUGGGGAGCAUUUGCGUCCCACGGGGCCUCCAGACGAGCUGGUAAUGACGCUCGCUAACGCAGAUGUUCGCGAGAUGAUAAAGGCUCAUGAAGGGGUUUUCUCGGAAGCCUUUUUGAGUCCUUCAGCAGACGCAUCCCAUGUGUAUUUGUCUCUGAAGAUAAGUUUCUUUGCUGAUACAAGACCUCGCGAUGUCACCAGGACCCCAGGGGCAUUCCAGAUGGUUGAGCGCGCGGUGAACGUUUUUCUAGAGGAGGCGAAGAUCCUGACUCGCACGGUUAGUGACUCUCUGCGUAAGCAAGGACGGCUCAAGAGAAGUGCC